AUGGCUGGUUGCUACCCGCCUCCAGCUGUGCCCAUAAUUUCCACCUCCAGCAAGCCCUCGCAAGACACAGGGUCGGGCUACUGCACGUUUUUCUCAUCAGCGGUGCAGCGCUCUAGCGACCUCGACAGGGCUCCCCCAUGCCGGAAUGCCUGCGCAAAGGAGCGGGGCCCAGCAGGUAUCCGGAUCACAAGGGUCUGCUCUGUCCGAUGCAUGAAAGCAAAGAGUACGUCAAUUGGCUUCACCAUGUCUGCAGAUCUCGAGGCAGCAAGCAGUGAGCAACAUGCUUUUCUUAUGAACGAGACUGUCCAUUCCUUUUCUUGGAAAGGUGUGUCUGUCACAGUCAAGGACCGCGAAACAAAGAAACCGAAGGCUAUUCUGGAAAACUCGAACGGCCAUGCCAACCCAGGGGAAGUCGUGGUCCUGAUGGGCCCUUCUGGCAGUGGGAAAACGACUUUGCUGAACGUCCUCGCCCAUCGUGACUCGGCCCCUGGUGCUGAAAUUGAAGGAGAAAUUCUCGUCAACGGACGGAAAAUCGACCUCGAGACAUUCAGGAACAUAAGUUCCUACGUUGAGCAGGAAGAUAUUCUGGUGGGAGCCUUGACAGUGGAGGAGACCUUGUACUUCUGUGCUCAGCUAUCCCUUCCCAGCUCGGUCCCGAAAAAGGAACGCUUGGAACGUAUCUCCACCCUUCUAAAUGCAUUCGGAAUACAAAACCAGGCCAAGACCUUAAUUGGGACCCCAAUUCGCAAAGGCAUCAGCGGUGGCCAGAAACGCCGUGUAAGCGUUGCUAGCCAGCUGAUCACCUGUCCGAAAAUAAUAUUCCUUGAUGAGCCGACUAGCGGCCUGGACUCCACAGCAAGCUUUGAAGUGAUGUCUUUUGUACAGAAACUUGCAAAGAAAAAUAAGAUCAUUGUGAUUGCCAGCAUUCACCAACCGUCCACAGCCACCUUCAAGACCUUUGACAAACUCAUGAUUCUUUCCGCAGGCCGGACUUGUUACUUCGGGUCAAGCUCCGAAAUGAAACCUUACCUCGACAAGACCGGAUACCCCAUGCCACUCCAGAUGAACCCAGCAGAAUUCGUCCUUGACCUAGUGAAUACCGACUUUGCAAGUGAUCGAGAGAUCGCGGAAGCACAGCUAUCGCAAAUUUUUGCGAAUUGGGAAAAAUCAGAUGAGGCCUCGGAGCUGGAUAAGGAGAUUCAAAAAGCUGUGAAUACGGCUGAGAAAUAUGAAAUUCCCUCGACCUCCUUGCGAGGCGCAAGCGCCGUCGGUACUAUCUUUACUCUACUCCAUAGGUCCUUUAUCAAGAGCUAUCGCGAUGUGAUCGCAUAUGGCGUCCGAAUCAUCAUGUAUCUCGUCUUCAUAACAAUCCUCUUCGCUGUCGUCUCCUUCUGGCUCGUAAACUACCAUAACACCGCGACGGGCUUUUUCACCUUCGUUAUGUGGCUCUUCCUCGACUUACUCGCCGCCGAAUCCCUCGUUGUGCUCAUUUCCGCUCUGUUCCCCAACUUCGUCAUCGCCCUCGCCCUCACCGCCUUCACCAACGGCCUUUGGAUGUGUGUCGGCGGCUUCAUGGUCUCCCCCACCGUCCUCAACGUCUUCUGGCGCUACGUCUUCCACUAUAUCGACUACCAGGCCUACGUCUUUCAAGGCAUGAUGGUUAAUGAGUUUGCCGAGAGGACUUUUAAUUGUGGGCCCGGUUGUCAAUGUAUGUAUGGCAGCGAGCUGGAGUCGCAGUGCAAGAUUGCUGGGACAGGGGUGCUAAGUUCUUAUGGGUAUGCGACGGGGAGGACUGGGAAGUGGUUGAAGAAUCUUAAACACACCCGCACCACCCAAAUCAAGAAGUUGAUACGCGGAACAUCCCUCUCUGCAACCUCCAACUGGUCAAAAACCGAACAAAGCACCCAACAGGGCUAA